AUGCGCGUCAGAAACAGUGUUUGGGCUUCUGUCCUGCUGGCUCUGAGCACUCCGGCCUUAGCCUGUGAGAGCUGUGAGCACCCAGAGCAAGAUGUUGUCAUGACGAGAAAUGUACGACGCAUGCAGCCAGAUGCCCAGAAUGCUACAGUCGGUCCUCGCGGACCAUUGGCCUGGGGUCAGCUCAACUUUUUGCACACCACUGACACCCACGGCUGGCUCGAGGGACACAUUAGAGAGCAAAACUAUGGUGCAGACUGGGGCGACUAUGUGUCGUUCGUCAAGCAGAUGAGACAGAAGGCAAGGGAUCUGGACGUCGAUCUUCUAGUGGUCGACACUGGUGACCUUCACGAUGGUGCAGGCCUCAGCGACGCUACUGGAGUUGCUACCUACGGUGGUGUCAACGGACAACUGUCGAACCCGAUCUUUGAGCAACUUGACUACGACUUGCUAACCAUCGGAAACCACGAGCUUUACGUUUCUGCAAUCGCUUAUGAGACCUUCAACCAGUUCGCCAAAGCAUAUGGUGAGAAAUACUUGACCAGUAACGUUCAAGUUAGGAACCCAAGCACUGGCGGGCUCGAGUACAUUGGCAAGAAGUACAGGUACUUCAAGACUCAGAAGGGCCUCAGAGUCAUGGCCUUUGGUGUGCUAUUCGACUUCACUGGUAACUCGAAUGCUUCAGUCGUUACCAAAGCUGCCGAUAUGGUCAAGGAGUCUUGGUUCACUAACGCAGUCAACCACAAGAAUGUCGAUGCCUUUGUGUUGAUCGGUCACAACCCUGUCGGCCUCAAGAGCAGCACUAACACUCUGCAAACUGUCUACAAGGCUAUUCGUGCCAUCAAGCCCGACACACCUAUCCAGAUGUUCGGUGGCCACACUCACAUUCGCGACUUUGCAGUCUACGAUGACAAGUCUGUCGGUAUUGAGAGUGGAAGAUACUGCGAGACUCUGGGCUGGUUGGCUGUCAGCGGCAUCAAUCCCCACAGCAAGGCAAAUCCUAAGGGAGUCCCUAAUCCAACGAUGAAGGCAAAGAAGAAUGGCACCGCUUCGGCUUCUGCUAGCCUCGCUUCUUCCACCAGUGCUUCGAACUUGACCUUCUUCCGUCGCUACCUGGACUGGAACCGCAUGACUUUCGAGUACCACGCCGAAGGUAGCCAGGCCAAAGCAUUCGACACCACCAAAGGUCUUGCUGUGACCAAGAACAUCACUGCCACUCGCAAGGAGUUGAACUUGACUAGCAUCUACGGCUGCGCUCCCCAGACUUGGUGUCUCAACUGUGCGCCUUUCAAGUCUGAAGGCUCUAUCUACUCACUCCUGGACAGAGCACUCUCCGCCACCAUUGUCACCGAGCAACGCGCUGACAAGCCUCGUCUUAUCAUCACUAACACUGGUCACAUCAGAUUUGAUCUCGCCGAGGGAACUUUCGACUAUGACUCAAGCUUCAUCGUCUCACCAUUCACCGACGCCUUCCAAUACCUCCCUGACGUUCCUUACCACCUUGCUAGCCAAGUCCUCUCCGCGCUGGAAAGUGGCAACUACCCAUCGAAGCGCGAUCUAUCUUCUCAAGACUUCGGCUUCACUCAAAUGAACCCCUCGCUCGACAGCUGUAUCGAUCCUCCCGUGACUCACGACCACCUCAUCACCAAGCGCUCAUACCCAGGUGGCCGCAUCAUCAGACGUCAGACCACCACCACGCCUGGAUACACCACCUCCGACGACUUUGGUACUGAUGGAGAUGAUACCAUUCACUCCAAGAUCCCUUACUACUCCACCCCCAACUUCUUCCAAGCCAACGGCAGUCUCCCUGCCAAUGGAACUCUAGCCGCAGAUGCUGUUGUCGAUCUGAUCUUCUUGGACUACGUUGCUGCCAGUGUCGUCAAAGCCUUGAAUGGACUAGGUGGAAGCUAUACCAAUGACCAGGUCACCUACUAUUUGCCCAAGGUAAGAAACCCUCGCAUANACUUCACCACCAACUCGUACUUGCCCAAGUACGCACAGAUGACUGCAGAGUGGCAAGCCAAUGUUCCCAACUGCCCAAUUGGUAUGGGCAUCGGUUACAACAUUACCUCGUAG